CACUCCUCACAGAGGCCAGGAGCUUUGAUGAGCUUGUUGAGCUGGCAGAAAGAGGGGAUCACCGGUCAGUGGACAUGCUGGUCAAGGAUAUCUACGGGGGCGCCUACACCAGCAUAGGUCUUCCAGGGGACAUCAUCGCCAGCAGCUUUGGGAAAGCAGCACGCUCGCCAAAAGACAAGAAUACCAAGAGUUUCAAGGAGGAGGACUUGGCCCGGAGCCUGCUGCUGUCCAUCAGUAAUGACAUUGGACAGAUCGCCUACCUGCAUGCCAGGAUUCAUAACCUCAAGAAGAUUUACUUUGGGGGCUACUUCAUCCGUGGCCAUCCUAUGACUAUGCACACUAUAACUUUUGCCAUCAACUACUGGUCAAAGGGGGAAAUCCAGGCACUGUUCUUGAGACAUGAGGGUUACCUGGGAGCCAUUGGUGCCUUCCUCAAAGGGGAGGAGGAAGAGGAUACUGAGAGAUAUUCAUGGGGAGAACAUUUUGCUGGCAGUUCUGGCCUUGUCAGCCCCAAACAGAAGUGUUUUGACAUCGCCAAAAGCAGGAGCUCAAUGUUUGACCACCUUGAGAUAGACCGCCUGGAACGUCCCCUACUGCCAUGCACCCUGCUGCUGGACGUGAACAGCUACUACCCUGACACAGUAGAUCUCACCAAAGAUGCUGAGGCCAGGGAAUAUUGGCUGCAGUGCUUUUCUCAGGGAGCUGACAAGAGCAAGCUGCAAGCUAUAAAGAGUCAGCCAAGUUCACCUGAUGCUGUGGAAAGAGCAGACAAGUUCAAGUCCAGGUACCUGGACCGACUCAGCGUGCUCAAGGCCAACCCGUGUUGUUUUGGGUCUCUGAAUGUCAGGACCCUACUGGACACAAGCAGUCAGUUUCUGUCCGAGCUAGACUUCACAGACCCAUUCUCCCAGCAGAAACAGUUUGAGAAUGAGCAGGCUCUGAAGUCACUCGAUGGUCACCUGAAUCACUUGGACACACUGUCCUGGGAUGACCGACAGAUGGCACUAGCCAAGGGUCUGUUAGCAGGGAAUGUGUUUGACUGGGGAGCAAUGGAAGUCAGGAAGAUCAUGGAGACACAGGAGUUUGGCUUUGCUGAUGCUCAGGAUAAACUGCAAGGGCGUCCAUGGCUAUUUGAUGACUUUGACGCCUGGAAAGCUAGACUGUCUCGGUCCCCACCCCACAAAUGUGCAGCCAUCUUCUGUGACAACAGUGGUGCUGACAUCAUUCUGGGUGUGAUCCCUCUGACCAGGGAGCUCUUGUCUCGAGGGACCAGUGUGAUUCUGUGUGCCAACUCCCGUCCCACUCUGAAUGAUGUCACAUUCAGUGAACUACAGCUGAUCACCAAACACGUGGCUGCAAUUUCAGGGGAGAUAAGCCAGGCCCUCACAGAAGGAAGGCUCCUCGUGAUGGAAUCAGGUCAAGGUUCACCAUGUUUAGAUCUCAGGUUGAUAGACCAAUGUCUUGUGGAUACCAUCAAAACCAUGGACACAGAUCUUAUCAUUAUUGAAGGCAUGGGUCGAGCGAUCCACACAAACUUUGAAGCAGCCUUCUCCUGUGAGUGUCUGAAAGUAGCUGUGAUAAAGAACCGGUGGUUGGCAAACCGCUUUGGUGGGGACAUGUUCAAUGUGAUGUUCAAGUACGAGAGGUCACGUCGCGUGUCGGCAUCCAACAGCACCUCAUGACAACAGCCAGGCUCAGGUGUUCAUGUGAUAUGCUUUUAACAAUGGUACUCAAGAAUAUCAAACUUCUGAUAGUAUUUUAUGAAAGAAAACUCAAGAAUCAAGAUACACGAAAUGAAAGAAAUGUAUGAUUGAAAAUGUAUCCUGAAUAAACAAUAGAUGUCAAA